CACCUUGCCCUCAUUUCUAUCUGACCUGUGUUGGCAAGGGAGACUGCCUAAAUGAGCAAGAUAGCACAGCAAAACAGUACUCCAGGAGUGAAUGGAAUAAGUGUUAUUCAUACUCAGGCACAUGCUAGCGGCUUACAGCAGGUUCCUCAGCCUGUGCCUGCUGGCCCUAGGGAAGGAGGCAAAUCCAUUCCUCCAAGCAAGCAGAGCAAAGAGAGUUCACCCAUGGAUCCAAAGAGUAAAGAGUAUCAUCAGUGCAGAGAGAGGAACAACAUGGCUGUGAAAAAGAGCCAAUUGAAAAGUAAGCAGAAAGCACAAGAUAUGCUGCAAAGAGUGAAUCAGCUCAAAGAAGAGAAUGAAUGCUUGGAAGCAAAAAUUCAAUUGGUGACAAAGGAAUUAAGUGUACUGAAAGAUUUGUUUCUUGAGCAUGCACACAACCUUGCAGACAAUGUGAAGCCAAUUAGCACUGAACAUACGACAACAAAUUCUGAUACUGCAGGACAGUAG